CGGGGGUAGAGGCGUCCUACGCACCAGGAAGCGACUGCCCGACCACAGCGAGCCGGUCAGUUCGCUGGUCUUUUAGCCUUAGGUUUGUAAGAGGAUUUACUGGUUACGAAGGAAGGUAAGGUGGGGGGUGAAUUACACUGUGCAUCUUUGGAUGGUAGCCAUUAAGAGAACAGUCUCAGUGCACAGCUUGAGAUGCUUCCUCCCUAUGGUGGGUUUGUUUUCCAAACCAGAAUGUCUUUCCUGGUGUGCCAGAAAACCACCAUGUUGGUCAUGGCUCUUUUUGAGCACAACAUGCAAGGGAAAUUUCACCCAUGUGAUAGCUAAGAAGGGUCAAAAAGGACAGACAAGUCAAAAGGAACCAAGCCAUCCUGGACCACUACAUGGUUUCUGGCAGGAAAGGCUGGCUGAUGUGACAUCACUCUGGAGGCUGAGCUAUGAAGAAUAGCUUAAGCCUGUCAUCAGUGGCUACUGAAAUUAGUCCACCUUUUCUGUGAACCGAGGUCCAGAUGGCAAUCCAAAGACUGUAGGAUACUACCUGGGAACAUGGAGAGAUGGGAACAUCAUUUGUGUACCGUCUAAGGACUUAAAAAACAUCCCUGAGAAACAAUCAAGUGGCACGGGUAAAAAGUAUGACUGCAGUAGCCUCCAACCUGGUCUCACAGACCUCAACCCUUUCUCUCAGUGUAUUGUCUGCACAGCAGCCAGAGCCAUCCUUGAAAUGCAGUACUAUGAAAUGUUCCUUCGACAGUCUCCAGUGGAGCCCUGCCUUCUGUUUCAUGAAGGUGGAUACUGGCGUGAGCUCACAGUCCGCACCAAUAGCCAAGGGCACACAAUGGCUAUCAUCACUUUCCAUCCCCAGGAAUUAAGUCAGGAGGAGCUCCGUGUUCAGAAGGAGACUGUAAAGGAAUUUUUCAUCAAAGGCACUGGAGCAGCCUGUGACUUGACCUUACUAUACUUCCAGGAAAGCACCAUGACCCGUUGCAGCCAUCAGCAGUCCCCCUACCAGCUCCUAUUUGGGGAACCCCACAUCUUUGAAGAUAUCCUAGGGUUGAAGAUCCACAUUUCUCCAGAAGCCUUUUUCCAAAUUAACACUGCUGGUGCAGAGAUGCUGUAUAGGACUGUGAGGGAGCUGAGUGGAGUGAACUCUCACACCAUCCUUCUUGACAUCUGCUGUGGAACUGGUGUAAUUGGCCUAUCUCUAGCUCAGCAUACAUCCCAUGUCCUCGGGAUUGAAUUGGUGGAGCAGGCAGUAGAGGAUGCCAGGUGGACUGCAGCCUUCAAUGGCAUCACCAACUGUGAAUUUCACACUGGUAAAGCAGAGAGGAUUUUGCCACAGCUGCCAAUGUCAAAGGAAGAUGAACAGUUAAUUGCUGUGGUGAACCCUGCCCGUGCUGGACUGUAUUAUAAGGUGGUUCAAGCCAUUCAAAACUGCAGGGCUAUCCACACUUUAGUUUUUAUUUCCUGCAAGCCCCAUGGUGAAACCAUAAGAAAUAUCAUUGAGUGAGUCUUGACUUCUUUUUUAAUUUUUUUUUCCCAUUAUGCAAGUAAUCUAUGCAUGUGCACAAUGUGGAAAAUGUAGAGAUGUAGGCCAAUGCCC